CAACAGUGCAUUUAUUCUUCAGUGUGAAAUGACCUGACUUUAAUUUUUAUGUUGUAAAAACUCACUACUUAAUCCUUAAAAAUAUUUGGUACUCUGAUGAUCUGAGUAAGACAUCUCCAGAACACCAUAAAACUUUUAAAACAAUUAAAAGCCAAGUCCCAAUUAAACGCCUAGUCCCUUUUAUUAGCCGGGUGUGGCUACACAUUUUGACAAAUGAAGGCGUGGUCUGGUUGCCAAGCACUUCCCUUUUUUUUUUUUUUUUAAAUAAAAGUUCUUCUGUUUUUUUACAAGCCAUCUUUCCUUCCUUCCCUCUUUUUUUUGCGGUUUAGGUGAGCUCACAGCUCUCACUCUUUUUUUAUUGUAUUUUUUUAAAUUCACGUUCAUUUAUUUAAUUAUUUAUUUAUUGACAGAUUUUAAUACUUUAAUUUUUUAUUUAUUUUCAAAACAACAUUUAUAUUAAUAAAUUAAAUAAAUAAUAUAAAUAAGAAAACAAACACCAGCCAUUCGUGAACCAAUCAGUGUGUGUGACGUAAAAUUUACGCGCCGUACCUGCAACGUCAUCUUCAGUCGACACAAACGCCGGUUGCUAAGCGAGUAGCUAAGCAAACGUUCAUAAUGUCGGCAGAAGAAAGUUGUCGGUUAUGCAGAACCAACCUGAUGGUGAAAGGAGUGAUAACAAACUCAAGAAACCUCUUCACUGUGAACUCCGUGGGAAACCCGUUGUCCCAGCGGUUCCACGAUGUUGGAGUCAUUUUACAAAAAAGACCCGGGGUGUUGUCUCGCAGGAUUUGUGGCAAAUGUUACCGAAAGUUAGUCAGGGUGGAAGAAGCUCUGAGAAAUUUGAAAAAGUGGCAACAGACGGCAGAAAUAGAGGCGACCAUAGAAAAGGACGUACAGAGGGCGGCACAACACCGACACACGACAGAGGACAAUGAUGGCAGCACAUCUAUAAUUUUAAGACAUGUGGCCUCCCAAACUGACCCUACAGAGAGGAGAUCAAUCGGCACACAGCUGAAAAACGUCAAAAGCAGAGGUACCCAGGCAAAAAUACCCAGCAGAGAUUGUGGCGUUUGCACCCUCACCUACCCCUUGGACAGUUCAGUACUGUUCCUGCAGCCAACAGUAGUAAAGAGAGCAUCCAAGAGACCUCGACUCAGCCUUACAGACGAGGAGGGAGGCCCUUCAGAAUGCAGCUCAUCUGUGGUGGAUCACAACCCAGACUAUUCUGCAUGACCUCUGAGGACUCACUGUCGUGGGUUAGCAGCUGUGUGUUUUGGAAGUCUCUUCAUGAAGAGGAGUGGAUGAAUGAUAGAUUAAUGAAUGGAAUAAUUACGACAGCUGGGAACCUACAUUUUUAUGGUAUGGUCAUGGAAAACGGUGUCUGUGCAACAAUUUGUAACCUGUGUCCAACUGAUAUGGUGCUAUUCUUCGA